AUGGGUUCCUUCUCCUCCCCACCACCCACAACACUGGAGCCGUCGCUUGAGAAUUCAAUGUCUCGCUAUCGGGUGUACGCCUCGUUUUACUUUAGAGAGCCAGGGCAUAACAUAUACGUCUCGAAUUGGAUCGGGUGCUACGAUCCUUCCAACAACACAUGGAGUUAUGUUAGUCCAAUCUUUGGACUAAUUGAGAACCAUGUGCUAAAGGACUUCGCCAUGACUUCAAAUGGGGACUCAAUUUAUAUAAUCGGGGGACGAUUAUGUAACAAGAAAAGAGCUCUGUAUUCUAAUGACAUUUCCGAGGUUGACGUUGAGUGUGUGACAAUAGGAUCUACGUGGCCGGGGGGCAGUCCACCUUGGCUAGCGCGAGGGGUACUUCGUCUGCUGAGAUGUAUGACCCAUCGCGUGNUAUGUGACAAUAAGAUCUACGUGGCCGGGGGGCAGUCCACCUUGGCUAGCGCGAGGGGUACUUCAUCUGCUGAGAUGUAUGACCCAUCGCGUGAUAAGUGGACCCCAUUGCCAAAUAUGAGCACUUCAAGGUACAAAUGUGUAGGCGUGACAUGGCAAGAAAAAAUCUACGUGGUCGGUGGAUUUGUUGAGAAUAGAAUAACGUCGGAUAGAAUUGUGCUUUAUGUGGAUCGUAGUUCUACUGAGGUGUAUGAUGAACAGAGACGUAAGGGAGACCUCGUGUCAAGGAUGUGGCAACUAGAUGUGCCACCUAAUCAAAUUGUUGCCGUGGAUGACAAGUUAUUUAGCUCUGGGUAUUGCCUAAAUGCAUGGAAGGGUCACAUUGAGACAUAUGAUGGGAAGCUCAAUAUAUGGUAUAUAGUUGAAGGGUCACAACAGAAGCUUCCAUGCACAUCAUGCAUCAAUGGAGAAAAUAGGUCGCGGGUGCAACGGCUUUACCUUACUAUGGCGCCGAUCGGAACUUGUCUUUUCUUCUUGGCGGGUUAUCGAAUGGCCGGAGAGUCAUCGAGAAUAGUGUCAGUGGUCCAUAUAUUCAACAUAUUGGCAACCGGAGAUGGAUGGAGGAGUUUUGAACCCAUGGAAGAGGAGGGGGAGAGAAAACUGUGUAGUCGUCAUUGUUGUGUUGUUCAACUUUCUUAA